UUUUGGUUCUUAACCAUGCAAAAUGCUAAUAUCAAACCCUAUAAAACCUGACUAAUAUUAAUGCGGAUUUUUGGGUCUGAUCUCUUUUAGACAAUCAAAACUGAUGAGAAGUCACUAGAGAAGGAUGCUGAGCUCCUUCUACAGAACAAAAAUCGAAAAUAUCUGCCUAGAGUUGUAUAUAUUCCCACUUUCUGUUAAAAAAAUCUGCAUUCCUGUGAAGAAGAUAGGCGAGUUUCUUUCCAAACUGCCUUCUGUGAUCAAAAUUGAGUUUGAAAGAUCCCAGAAUACCAAAAUUGUCAAGAAUAACACUCCUUCCACUCAGAAAGACCUAAAAUCCAUCAUCUUAGAAGGCUGUAAGAAGUACAUAGAGGAUUACAUCAAAUACGAGAUGGAAAAAUCCUCUGAUGACCCAAACUCUAUAGGAGUCCCAGGGAUUGAUGUCUUCAAAUGUGAUGUGCUAAUCAAAUGUGACAAACUUUACCGGCUAUUUACAAAAUUUUUAUCUGCUUGGGCAGGAACAUUUACCAUCCAAGACCUCGAUUAUAAUAACCAAUCUUUAUGAACUCCUUACUUUAAUUCUGUUAAGAGACAAGUUCCAAGGAAUUUUUCCUUUGAAGACCUUGGGAAUAAAAGAGAUCCUCUGAAGAUAGGUGAUAUUACUCCAAAAACUGGAAAUCUUCAUCAUGUGAAAUCAGGCUCUUAUGAGAGCUUUAAUAAAAAGAAGAAGCUUAGUGAUAACUUUGCAGGAGCCUACACUCCUCAAGAUUAUGACCUCAUCAACCCAAUAAGAGGGAAUAUUAAUGUCAAGGGACACCACAGAUUGCACAUGAGUAAUGAAGGAAGCAAGAAGUCUAAACGCGUCUUUGAAAAUCAUUUCGGCUCACCCUCUAAAGGUCAAAAACCUGCAGUUAAGAUUGCUCUAUAUCAUCCUAAAAAGGCCACUUUCAGCCAGAAUCUUUAUCAGGAUCUCACUAGUGAGGAUAAAGAUGUGCCUAAAGUUGCUGAUAAAGACGAAGUUACCUUGGCCAUCCUUGAGCGUGGCUUGGAAUAUGUCUACAAUUACUACAAAAAGGAAGAGUCUCAAAUGAGCGUAAAUCAUACUUUCGACGAGACCCAGAAGAAAAAUUGAAGGUUCAGCAUAGGAAAAUUUAGCAAAUUUCUCUGUGACUUCGACUGCUCCCUCCCGAACACAAAAGUUAUCCAGGUUUUCAACCAUGCCACCUCCAGAAAGGGAGUGAAGGACAUGAGUCUCUCAGAAUUCAAAAUCUCUAUGAGAAAAAUAUCAGAUAUGUCUAAAAAGUUACAGAUGAAUGACUUAAUCAAAACUAAAAGAGAAGUAGCUAAUAAACUGCAGAAAACAAAGGAAGAGUCCCUUGAGAAUGGAACCCUAUCUAACAGAUCAUCCUCUGUACAAGACCGAAGGAGCUCUCUUUACAUAAAGAUGAAGGUCAUUGAGAAACAAAUUGAAACCAUCAGCAAUAUUUUAGAUGAAGAUUUCUACAAGAGAUAUCUUAAAGAAAUGGAGAUGCAUGAUCUCACUGCAGUAAAGAGAAAGAUCACGGAAAGAUUCAAACCUUUUGGAUGAAACGAUAAUAUCGUUAUCUCUGGAGAGAAGUUAAGGGAUAUGCUUCAGAACAAUAUCACCCGAGGAACACCUGGGACAAACAAAAAGAACUUAGCUGAAUUUCUCAAAAAGAGCUUCAAUAGUAAGAUAAAAGCAAAGAAGUUUGCUAAUAUCAAACAUUGAUGAAAUAGUAAUGAGAAAAAAUUCUCAAAACUAAACUUUGAACCAACAGAUUCUGAAAGCACGUCCUCUUCAAAGAAAGUGCAAGAUUCCCUAUUUGAGAAGAUAAAGAGAAACAGUAAGUUGCUUAAUCUGGAAGGAAGUUUGAAGGACACUUCAAAGUCUCCCAUAUUGAUAGCAAAAUCUAAUGCUCAGCCUAAGAAGAUACAAAGAAGAUUGAUUAACACAAUCUUUUCAACUCAGACGAACUCAUCAAGGAAUAGCAUGCAGAACCACCCGUAUAACUGAAUGUAUGAAGGACAGGAUACUUAUCAAAUUCUCAAAGAGUACACUCCUCAAUUCUCAAAAUCUAAAGUCGUACAGUUAGGAACCUCUGAGAAGGACACAACAGAAAUGAAGCAGAAAUAUUUCCAAAAUUCCAAAAAGAGACAUUUAAAGUCUAAUGAUGGAAGCGCUUAUAUGAAUGAGUCACAAAGAAAGUCUUUAUAUAAAUUAAGAAAUAUUCAUUCUGUUAGCUUCAGAGAAGACAAAAAUAUGACCUAUUCUGAGUGUCGGGGUACCAAAGGAACUGCCAAUGAGAUGGUCGAUAAUAGAAUCUUCGAAAGAGCAUCUUCUCAGAAGCAAAUCCGAAAACCACAAAAGCUUCCAAGUCUAGAGCAUCACAAGUUUGUAGCGAAUAUGAGAAAGCCAACUGGACAAGAAAGAAGGAGAAGAAAUCAAGCUAGUUACUCAUGAACUCCAUUCUAA